UGCUUAGCCAAGGGGUUUACACAAGUUAUCGAACUGAACGAGAAUCAGAGUACGAGAUAACCGGAUGCCAUUAAAUAUUAUCGCCCCAUGCUGUCCAUAGUACCACCCCAGCACACCACACCAUUCUCCGGGGGAGGAACAGGAGCUUUGACUUCCAGGAACUCUUGUGUCUAGGCCGCUGGAGCCGGGGGGAGAUUUAAGCUGUGACACCGCGGCGCGUCCUAUGACAACAAGAUGGAGGCGCGCAGUAAAGCCGGGCAUGAGAUGAGCCUGGCAGCCCUCAGGCACACUGACCCCUACAUUAAUGGCAUCGUGGACGUCACAGGGCAGGUGGCUCUGUACAGCUUCAGUGCCAAGACGAACGAGUGGGAGAAGACUGACAUAGAGGGGACCUUAUUUGUCUACACAAGGUCGGCUUCACCAUACCAUGGCUUCACCAUCAUGAAUCGCCUAAAUAUGCAUAAUCUAGUAGAACCAGUAAACAAGGAUUUGGAAUUUCAGCUUCACGAACCGUUCCUUCUGUAUCGGAAUUCCAGCUUGUCCAUUUACAGUAUCUGGUUUUAUGACAAAAAUGACUGUCAACGGAUAGCAAAAUUGAUGUCUGAGGUGGUGCAUCAAGAAGCUGAGAGAGCGAAAAACAGGAAAAGCCCCAGCACAGCGAAUGGCUUCAGUGAUAGACCAAUAGAUAUACUGGAAAUGCUUAGUAAAGCAAGGAAUGUAUACGAAAAGGGUCAAGUUGUAAAUGACCACAUUGGCAGUGUCACUUCAUGCUCUCAGAAGAAUACAAACUUGAUGAAGACAGACUCUUUGGAGACAAUGGAACACUCAAUUCAGCACACUCAAGAUAAAACUCUUCAGAUGGGGCAGAAACAUCUCACUGUGGAAGAACUCUUUGGAACGUCUCUUCCAAAAGAACAACCUUCCUCUUCAUACCCAAAUAUUGAAAUGACUGAGAAGCGCCAUUUUGAUUUAGGGGGACAUAAUGCGUUUUUGCCGUUCUCCUGUGAGCAAUCAAAAAAACAGCCACCAACUAUAGUGAAAGCAAAGCCUGCAACUUUUAAUUUAAGCGCUAGUGACUUCAGUCAGCUAUCGUGCAUGACCCCUGUAUUAAUUCCCCAAGGAUCAGUAUCACAACCAGACUCUCAGACAGUUUCAAAUUAUCCUGUGCGUUUAAGCCCAAGUCUUUGUUUAACAUCCACCUCAGACGUACUGAGUACAUCCGUUCCACUUGCUUCCAGUAAUACAACAGGCAUGAUGCAGGUCAUUCAAACAGCAGUAAAGCAAGUUCCGUCAUUAAUGAGUCAGCCAGUGUCUGACCCCAGCAGUGCACCCCACAAUCGGCAAUUCCUUACACAUUUAGCUACCAUGAACAACCCUGGUGUUUCAACUACUUCACAUUCAAGUGCUGAGCUCCUUCAGAAACUCAAGUUGACCCCACAUCAUGAUCCUCCCCAAGCACUGCCUAUCAACAAAACAACUAUAGCUCCAAAGUUUUCAUCAGUUAGCCAGCUUGCAACGCCCGAGAGUUUUAAAGGAAAUCAAAUGAAGACCAUGCCGGUUAGCAAUCUACCAAUGACAUCCCUCCAGAAUGUACACGAAAAUAAAGAAACUGAAGCUUAUAACCAGCCCAAGAGUUUAUCCAAGGUGGUUCAAGCUGCAAAUUCCCAUUUUGUUGCAACUACAACAACAGCGGUGUCCUCAGUCCUCUUGUCACCCAGUGUCUUCCAGCAAUCAACCCAAAAAUGUAUUGACCAAGAGGACAAGACUGGAACGUCUCCUCCUUCGCUCAGGUCAAUCGAUCUUGCAAGAUCAAAUGCUUCAGUGUUCGCUCUCAGUAAAGCUCAGCUUCAGGACACCUUAGUACAUCUUAUAAAGAAUGACUCCAGCUUUCUGAAUACGAUUCAUGAAGUAUAUUUAAAAGUUCUUACCAAAACUUAGAAAACCUCAAGCUGUAAAGUCAAAUCGCUUGGACGCAGCCACCUCUUCACACAGUCUUGGGAACAAACCAGCCUUAGCACAACCAGUACUAGGAAACGAUACAGGGAAGCCUACAUAAUAAGUUGUCAUGUACAUCUACUGUGGAAUUAAAGGCUGGUUGCAGAAGACCUUGCAUCACUACGUUAAGGAACACUUUGGAUUUAUUUAAAGCAAUCACCAGCAGUGUUGUUUACCGACGUUCAAUGAGCAGUUGUUCUUUUUAUCACAAACGGGAUAAAUAGAUUUAACCUGCUUUAGGUUUCAGUAAUUUGGAGGAAUAUUAAAUAAAACUAAAUGACUGAAGAAGACUACUAUAGAGUCAAUCAGAAUUGAAAUAACUGGAUUUUACUAUUCAUUUCAGGUUUUAAAGUAGAUAUUACCCUAAAUGAUAUCUUAAACAUUGGUUCCUUUUAAAAGAAAUUGAAAUGUUUCUUGAUUUUCAGGGUUUUUUUUUGUUAUUUUUAUGUGAUUAUGGGCCACAUGCUUCCACUAGUUAUUACCCUCCAUAAACAAAUAAUGAUUAAUGCAAUUUUUUUCAAUAAUCUAUUUAUAUUUUUUAAGUUGUGAUUUAACAACUUUGGAUGUAGUCUUUUACCCUAAGAAAACAUUGGCCCUCUUUAGUCCACUCUAUAGUCUUAAGCAGAUUUUUCCCCCCGUAGUCUUGGCUAUACAUUUUUGGAUGUUCUAUAGUAUCAUUUUACUACAUUAUAAUGCAGUAGCAAUUACUGCAGGUACAUUUUUGAUAACUAAAACAGACUUCUUGUUUUCCAGUGAAUACUCCCCCCCCCCCCCCCUUCCCGGUUUAUUUUAUUUCCCCACCAGUUAAAUUACUUUUAUAAUGGUAUUGUGUACUAUUAAUAUGGAGAAAAAAAAUUCCAAUAAAGGUCUACAAGCUUCAUUGCAGAUUGUACUUGGAUGAUCUGUUUUGAACCACUUUAUAUUUAGUUAAGAGUUUAAAACCUAAAACCAAAGUUAUGGCAGAGCCUUUAUAUUUUAGUGAACUCAUGUCCUUAAUUAUUAAACCAUAAAAUUUCAGGAGACAUUCCCUUAACCUGUUUUAUUUAUUCACGUGAAAGUUUUUGUUUUAUGCAUAGCUGUGUGCCUUCAAAGUUGGACGCAGAUACUUUUAAGAUAAAAACAGUUAUUACAGAUUUUAGAGAAUGAGUCACAAUUCACAAUAUUUAAGAUCUUUGACAGAUCUUAUUUCCAGUAAGGUCUUUUUGCGAAGAGACUAUUAUAUACAUAUAUAUAUAUAUGUGUGUUUUUAAUUUUUAUUUUAUGUGCAUUUUUGGCUGGGUGGAUGUAAUAUUUUGACAAAUUUUUAUAUUAAAGCAAAUUUGCCUGAUUUUUUUCUUAA